AUGAGCAACCAGCCCACUCACACGGCAUCCGUCGUGCUGUCUGAAGAAGAAAUGGCAGCAGAUGCUGACGAGCCUCCCGACUUACAGCGCACUCCACGGCCCUCUGCGUUGAAACUUCACGACUCUUUUAAGGCCUCCUUUUCCAAACGGCCUACCACGCAGAGCGAUCGCAAGGAGUCUCUAUUGACCUCCGCACUUCACUCGAACGGAAGCUCCCCAGUUGAAGAACUCCCGGAGAAUGUCGCCCUCCGUCGGGGUAUGUCGUCCGCUUCAUCGUGGAGCAACAAUAGCGCGUCCACCGCCGAGCUCACCAGCGACGGUGGGCUGACGAGCCCAGGGACCAGGACGAGAACGCCCAGCCCUCCCGCUCCUUCGGUACUAUUCCCAAAUACUGCAACUCUAUUCAGUCGCAAGGAUGCCGAGCGACCUGUAUCCAUUGUUAGACACGACGACGACCAUGUCGGACCCACCCAGAAGCCUGCGUCGCCCCCUACGGGUGUGCAGGAUAUAGAGGCUGCAUUGGCACGCAAGAGAUGCAUCAAAUUCGCCUGUAAUAAUAUCCGGCAGGGGAAUUCGAAGCCCGCAACGGAGGCCACGAAGGCACCAGUGCAGUCCGAACCAACGGUAGAGCCUCCAAAAAGAGCAUGCACCAUUAAAUUUGCAUGCCCCACCAAGGUCUCCAACAAUGGCCCGUCCAUGGGCGCAAAGGUACGCGCCGGCAGAGCAAUAAGCCCGGCGCCCCAGGCCCGCAAGGCUCGACCAUCCCCGAAGCCGGCUUCAAAGUUACACCGUGAUUCAAAUUCCACUGCACGCGAUCUCUCUCCGGAAAGCGUGCGAAAGCAAACGCCGAUCAAGAGCCAAGCUCGUCGUCUCAGCAUCAGUUCUGACCUUGGACGUUCCGAAGCAUAUCGUUUCCACGAGUUUGCCGGUUCCGAGGAGGAGGAAGAUGAGUGGCUUCAAGAGUCGACCUGCCACGCAUCUCGUCUCACAGUCCGGGACACUUUGGCAAUAGAGAAUCGACUUCGACAACUCGGAGAGGAGGCAGAAGAAGAAGCAUUGGAUGAGGAAGAAGCUGAGGAUCAGGACGAUGAAGGCGAAGAUGCAGGUGACGACGAGGAUGACGAUGACCUCGAUGACAAUGAUGAGGACGAUGAGGAAGAAUAUGAGUCGGAUGAAGGCUUCCAGACCGACGACGAGGAUGGGUUCGCCGGCUCGGACAACGAGAGCGAUGCGGGUUCGGACUUCGCCUGGUGGGCGCCAGGAGCGGAUUCAACAGCCGCAACCUCGGUUGACUAUAUACGACCAGUCAGUCAACAGAGUCGCAGCCCAUCCGAGUCGUCGAUAAACUCCCGAGCGAGCGAGCAGCAACGCAAUCGGUCGAAGACCAUUGGCACAACUAGGAGGUCACGCCCGGUCAAUAUCCGUGUUCCCAGCCCAGAGCUUCCGGACAGUACGGAUUUCGUCUGUGGCACUCUGGACGAGGAUCGACCUCUUGAAGCAGCAUAUAUGUCCUGUCUGGAGCGACGUCGUGCUGCCAAGCACAAGCUCACCCCUCAAGACAUCGACCCAACGUUCCCCACGUCGGACCCCGAGAUGGACGAGGAAGAUGAGGACGACGAUGAACAGCCUGAUCGCACCGUCGUGGAGGCACAUGAACAUAUGAUGCAGCAUGGACAGAUGGAUCAACUACAUUACGACGGUCGUGGGCGAACUAAGGGAAAGCCCAGGCGCUCUCCUGCUCUGUCUCCCAAGCGGUUGCGGUCUCCGCCUCCUCCCACUCGUGCUGGACAUCGGUCUCCACCUCCUCGGAAACUUUUCGGGCAGUCCCCUCGCCGGUUGCGCUCACCUGCCCCGAACGUGCGUCUAAGGUCGCCGCCGCCAACGCGUCGUGACUCUUCAAAUGUGGUGCAUGUGCUACCACGACGUCCGGGCAUGACGAUCCAGUUCGGUGGGCUUGCUGAGCGCCCUGCAAUGACCAUGUCGUCCUCGGCACCUCGCACUCCCGUCCCCAUCCAUCCUUCCGGAGACUAUGAGGACGAAGAUACGGCUUGCGAACUCCCAAUGCGACGUGCCAUCGAUAUCAAGGUGGGGCUAGAGAAGAGGCGACAGCGUCGCAGAGAGCAGCAGUACAGAAAAGCGCAUCGCAAGGGCGGCAAAGACAAGCGCCCUGCUCCUGGGAAAGGGGUAGAGCGGAUGCGAGAAAUGGGUCUGGGCUUAGCGGCUCACCGUGGAAAGAACAUGGGUUUCGCCUUCGGAAUGCCACCUACGCCCGACGAGAAGGGCAUACAUGUCCUAUCCGUCUAA